AUGAGUUCUACAAACAAAGCCUGGAUGGUUGUUGUUAGUGUUGGUGUGGUUGAAGCAUUGAAAGAUCAAGCUGGAAUAUGUAGAUGGAAUUAUGCUCUACGAUCCAUUCAUCAAUACAUUAAGAACAGAGUCAAAUCAUCAAUUUCUCAAGCAACUUCUUCUUCUUCUAUUCCAGCUUCAUCCGUUAUUCCAGAGCAGAUUACGGUGAUAAAGAAGCAAAGAGACCAUGAAUUGAGGCAAUCCGAAGAAUCACUAAGAAAAGUUAUGUAUUUGAGUUGCUGGGGACCUAAUUGAGCUAAAGAUCAAGUGUAUCUUACCUCAUGAGUUAUGUGUACGCAAUUCGUGCUUGUAUUUGUAUAUAAAUGAAAUUUUUGUCACACAUAUAUUUUCUCCAA